AUGGGGCCCACGGCAGGCCGUCUUAUUUUUUGGCACUCACCUUCGUCCAACGCAUUAUUCCGAUGCAUGCUUGUGCCAACAACAAUCGCAGUUUCGGGAACGUUUUCCGCAGGGGAAGAAUUCGCGAUUUUCGGUAUCACAAGAACAUCCCUGGAUGACCCACUGGUGCACACUAAUAACUUGUCGUCGACGUCGACGCCGACGUUGUCGCAUUCUUCGUCCCGAAGCAUCAAUCACCGAAUCAUCAUUAUGAUUAUCAUGAUCAUCGAUGACGACGACGAGAUGACGAUGAGUCUCAUCAACGUGAUUUCUCAGACUGUUGAUGGUCGGAUCCGUGGCAGCAACAGGAGCAACAAACGCUUCUUCCUCGUCAUUUUCGUAAUAAUCAAAUGUUUUCGCACUAAUAACUUGUCGUCGACGUCGACGCCGACGUUGUCGCAUUCUUCGUCCCGAAGCAUCAAUCACCGAAUCAUCAUUAUUGUGAUUAUCAUGAUCAUCGAUGACGACGAGAUGACGAUGAGUCUCAUCAGCGUGAUUCCUCAGACUGUUGAUGGUCGGAUCGGUGGAAACAGGAGCAACAAACGCUUCUUCCUCAAACACAAGUCCAAAAAUAUGUGCAAUAUUAACCAAAAUCACAACACCCGAUGUUGCUUGUACAAAGGUAACCAUCAGACUGACUCUCAGAGCAUACAUUUAGAGACCAGGAAAACAUCACAGAAGGCCAGCAAGAGAUGGCCUUUCAUAGAUAAAAGAGGAAAUGCCGAAAUGAUUGACCUUGGAGGUAUUUUCCACGCGGAAGAGCGCCUGAUUUCGGCGAAACCGUGA